UGCAUGUACGUACCUGACGCAUACUUCCUACCAGGUAACGCACACGUCUGCAAUAGAAGUCGGUAGAUCGAUACGUGCUCCAGCGGGUGCAAUAUUUUUAGUCUGAUCUUAUGUCUGGAGGACGGAGGGACAGUGAGAAAGGUCAAUAAAUAGUGAGGGGUAUAUAGUUUUCACGCUGGCAGUGUGUACAUUGUGUAUGCUGGCUAGCGUUACAAUACAACACACAUGCUCUAGAUAGACGGGUCGUCUUUUACUCGCCUCAUCAACCUAACGGCCAUACGGGAAAAGAACGUGUGUGAUUUCACGCCGGUUGUUGAUUUCCUCCAGAGAGAAACAAACACCACUGCUUAAUUUCUUCAAUCUUAAUGCACGAUAACGAAACCAUGUCUGACUCCGACCGCGAUUUAGAGUCAAACGAAAAUCUGUUGAAUGGGAAAAAGCCAAAUAAUUUAAAUUUGGCGAGAUCUUCUGGUGAAAAAUGUUACCCAGAUAUAAGGAUUCUUCAAGAUGAAUGUGCUCGUCUUAAGAAAUAUCUAUAUGGAUUAUUUAUCGUCGUGGCCGCUGGAACUUUGAUUUUGAUUAUUAUAAUGGCAGUGCUAUUCGUUAAGCUUAGCCAUGAUGUAGCGCAUCACACUCAUCAGCCGAAGGUUGGGGAAACCAUAUCCAAAAUUCUGGAGCGGGAGGAGUUGUGUAUUCCCUGUGAUAAUGUCCGACUUGGACCCUCCGUGGAGGAGGAUCGCAUGUUGAACGAGUUUACACGGAAACAUGAACCGGAAGGGGAGCAGUGUUGUGUCGAAACACCGAAGGAAUUACUCGCCAUGCUGGAACUGUUUGUGGAAAAGAGAAUACGAGAGGAGGUGGCGGAAGGUAGCAUCAACCUGCCCAAGACUGACGGACAGAGCGGUAUGGAGCAGACUCCGGCCGCUCACCUGAUGGGGUCAGUCAACCGGCUUGACCAAUCACCAGUACCAGCGACACAGUUUCCCAUCUCUUCCUGGAUCCAUGACGCUGAUCUUGCCUUUACCACAAACGAGGUUCGAUACCGCCAUGGGAGAUUAGUAGUGCCCUCUACCGGGCUGUAUUACGUGUACAGCCAAGUCUCGUUCCUGGAACUCUUCGACGACGGGAAUUUCCGAGACCAGGGAUCACCUAACAGUCUGUCGCACUAUAUCUAUCGAUACAACAUCAUCUACCCCCACGGCGGGGAGGAGAAGCUUAUUCAGAACUCUAUCACCAAGUGUAUCGGACAGAACAAACAGUUCGGAGAGUUCACCAGUUAUCUGGGAGCUUUGUUCCAUCUGAGGAAAAGUGAUGAAAUCUACGUGAAAGUCUCGAACAUAACUCUGAUAGUACGGGAACCAAAAUUAAAUUAUUUCGGCCUUUUUAAAGUUUCUGGAUCAUCUUGAUUUGCUUAAAAUUGACUUUUCGUUUUGAAAGUUUAAUUUUUCCCUCGAGGAAUAUUCAUCAUCUUCAGCUACAAAGAAACAAAAAUAUGCUUCAAAAUAUUUAGUUCGCGAUACCGUGAAGGAACAGGAAUAUACACCAGUGAACAGCAGUAGAACAAAAUUUACGAUUCCAUUCGACUUUAUUUAUAUUUAAGUUAUUUUGAGAAUUAUAACUACGGGAGCUUCACUUCACCUUUGAGCUUGUCGGUGUAACACACUGGCCGAGCUGUGACGAUUUAAAAAUGAUCAUUAAAAUCCAUGUUUCCUCAGUACAAGUCCCUUUCUAUGCUUUACGUUGGAUUACUGACGUCACAAGUCCCGUACGUAACGUUGCUGUAAUACCUUUCUUCGUGGAUGAUGGAUAAUGAGGUCACAUUGUAAUGUAUUUUACAUCAGAAAUUAGCUUUAUACAAUGAAGGGAAAAUUCGGAUAUACAAAAACGCUGACCUCUGUCAUUAGGGUCGAAAUAUAUGUCUCGCGUGUUCUACAUUCAUUGUAAACAUUGGUUUCCGGACUGUCGUGCAUCUCAUCAAAACCCUUAUGUUCAGCUGACAGUUUGGUUCCUUGUUCGGAUGACGUCAUCCUUAAUACGUACAGAUACUUACUCUGGAGUUAUUAUAUCAGUGCUAAUAGAACGGCCAGAAAACUGAGAGAUUUAUAAAUGUGUUUGAAUGGAUAUCUGACUUUUACAGCAGUUGCCAAUUUGUUACAUUACAUAACAUUGUUUAAACUUACCAUAAUUACGCCUAUAGAUUAAGUAUACAUGUAUAUGUGUCUAAAUGAUUACUUCAUCUCGUAUUACUCCAUUGGUACGCUGCUUUUGAUCUUUUAUUCACUAUUAUAACAGACCUUCAUUUUCUCCAUUUAUUUUGAAAACAAAUGGGUGACAUAUACAUGCUUAAUCUUCAUUAAAACUCAUACAUGCGUGUUUUUGAUUGGAUUGCUUGCCUUUAACCAUAUACAAUGUACCCAUGAUUCCAUUAAACAUAAAAAAUAACGUGAUCUCGUGACGUCAUUGACGAAUGUUAUAACGCGACCAGCUCAGAUGAUUUUUUAUAUUUCGUUUGUGUUUUCAGUUUGUUAACAGACAGGAAAUGUCAGCAAUCAUAAAACGUGGCUUUUUAUUGUGAAAAGGGAUCUUUGAGAAAAAAAUCACAUCGCAAUCCCCAAUGUCACAUAGUUCAUUCACAUACUGUAUAGUGCUUAAAACUGGCGAGCUACAAUGUGCACCAUUUUCGAGGGGAUUAAGUUCCGGUCUGUCUCAUGAAUAUUUAUGAUCUGAUGUUAAAUAGAAAUAAUUCCUGGUGCUUAGAAAUCCCGUAUUUUAAUGAAAAUGCGAAUAAAAAAAGCCUAAACGACACGGAAUUUAAGCACUGUACUGUAAAUAUAGAUUAAUAACAAAAUGGGUUGGAGUUGAUGGAUUUUGUUUUGUAUUAUAUGUUGUUCAUGGAAAGAAAUUGUCUAAACAGUAGAUACAUGUGCAUAUUCAAAUGCAAUCAUCAAAAAUAAUGUGUUCCUUUAACGUUGUAUAUGAAAACUAACAAUCUUCCCUCCCUAGAAUAGCUAGCUAAAUUAAUCAUUUGCGUUUGUUUUUAUAACUGAUUGUUCUGCAUGUCAAAUCGUCCGGGUUUAAUUCAUCCGGAACAAACAUUCCAUUUUGCUGCUUAGUAUACGACAUUUACUUCCGGUAUUUCGUGUUAGACUCAUUUAAAUGCAAUCGGGAACCUCGGUCCUUUCCGUAAACGAGAAAAUAUUUUAGAAAAGUAUUUUCUCGUUUACGGAAAGUAUCGACGGUUCCCGAUUGAUUUAAAUGAUGUCUGAUUGUUUUGAUAGAAAUGAUUAUGAUGUUUAUUUUGAAAUAUUGUGUGAAUCGAUGUACUAACAUGCUAUGUGAAGUUAUUAGGAGAUUAGGAACUAGUUGGCGUUACUAAUUAGCCAUCUCACUGAUAGUCUCGUUCAACCAGACUCUUGUUGUCUGCACAAGCUUCAAGUGAUCAAGCGUCUGGUUGAACGAGACUAUGUCACUGAAAGCUUAACGGUCAAAUUCAAUAAGAGGUGAAACAAUUUAUGUAAUAGGUUUGCGAAGUAAAAAAUGGCAAUGUUAAGCGCUUGACUGUCAUUAUACUAGACAUAGCUACUCCGUGGUAGAAAGAGUGAAAUUUGUUCUGAUAAUACAUAUUGUACAAUUUAAUUUCUAACGUAACAAAUAUUUAAUUUUAAUAGCUUGGGUCUCAUAAUGCACAUCAUGUAAAUGUGUUGAUAUGGAAAUGUUCAUAUUUCUGUUUUGAUGUUCCGAUAAUGAGUUUAUCUUAUUAAAAAUCCUUAUUUCAUUCUAAGGUUUAAGUAUAUUAGCUGCGUGUGAGAAACACUGAAAUGCGCUUAAGCAUUGUUUUAAUAUUAGUGGUAUACUUUAUAUAUUUGAAACUUUAAUCCUUUGUCCAAAUGUUGAAAUUAACUGUACCGAGCACACAGCUAAAUUUUCUACAGUAGUCUAAACCGAAUUCUGUAUGAUCCAGUAUAAUUAUGCAGUCUGUAAAAUCCUGGCUUCUUUCAGUUUUUAUAGAUAUCCUUUCCAAAAGGUUUUUCAAGAUUGCCAACUCGUCAAAAAUAUUUUGGGAAUAGUAAUUUUGACUCAGAAAGUUGAAAAAUUACAAUAAUAUAUUUAUAUAUAUCACUCCUAUCUGGCAAUUCAAAUUAGUACACGGUCAAAAUUUAAAAGGGAGAUAACUCUAAUAUUAAAGUCGCACGUUAUAAUGUGAAAAAUAUAGGGUAUAGCUUUAAACUUGUUCUGUAUGAAACAGGGUCCAUUAUAAACAGGUGAGAUUUUACACACUUUUGUAACUGAAAUGCUUCAUUUUAUAAACAUCUUUGUCGAAGAUCAUAUUUUGAAUUAAUCUCGAUGCAGCAAAGCUCGUACCGAGUGUACGAUGUUUUCGUUACAAUGUGUGAAUUAUGUUGACUUAAUCUGAUGUUUAUAUUCUGAUGUUUAUAUUUUGGUUUCUAUGAUUUCAUUUUUCUCCACAUACAUGUUUUUUUCACUGUCCAUGUUACACACAUUUCUUUACUAGAUAGCACUGCUAUUUGAUAAUAAAAAAAUGGUAAAUGAUUGGCGAGACGCUCCAGAGCGAUUCCAAAGCACAUACCCUGUAUCAACAGCACUGGUACCGUCAUCACUGUGUCCCGGUACGCCGACCAUGGCACAGUAAUUAGGAAGGAAUUACCGCCAUACUUUAUCUAUUAGCCAGAACAAAAAAUGCGGAGACGUAAUUUGAAGUAAGACCGGGUUCUUCUUUUGUUAAAGGAAUCUCGAAUAGCAAAUACUUAUAAAUAGAUCGAAAAUAAAAAUCAAAUCAAUCAUGCUAUUCCUAAAAAUAAUUGACUUUUUAUGCGUUGACAGCUGAAAUUAGUUGAGAAAUCCUUACAAUGAGAUUUUUCCGAGAUGGAUAUGAACGUUCGUUGUUAAGUUCUGUUCCUCGCGAUCGGUGGGCGCAGUAUAAUUAGCAUCCCUGUACUUUAGGCUACCGUGUUAACGUGUCGGUAGCUGAUUAAUGUUGGCGGCUAAGACAAAUGUAACAAUCUAUUUUGCACACUCUGUGACUUGUUAACGUGAGAAAAGUAUGUACAAAUUGUUUUUUCGCUUCCUAGCUGUGAAAUACAAUCUUACCAAACAUAUUUCCCACAACAUGAUGUUUAGACUGUUGACUCGUUUGUCAGUGCGAUGCCAUUAUGAUAAAAGUAUAACAGUACCAUACCAGUUUGAUAACAGCACGAUACCAUACCAGUUUGAUAACAGUAUGAUAACAGUACGAUAUCAAGUACGAUGUCAGUAUGAUAACAGUAUGAUACCAGUAUGAUAACAGUACAAUACAAGUAUGAUACUAGUUUGAUAAUAAUUUGAGACCAAUAUGAUACAAGUUUGAUACAUAGUACGAUACCAGUAUGACACCAAUUUGAUAACAGUAUAAUACAAGUAUGAUAACAGUACUAUACCAGUAUAAUAGAGUUUGAUAACAGUACGAUACCAGUAUGAUAUAAUUAUAACAACUGUGUAUGGUAUUACUCUAACCUAUUCCUAUCCAUUAUACUUCUAUUCCCAUUUUGUGUCAGAGUUCACUUACGUGUGUCAUUUUAUUUUCUGUGACUUCACAGGCUACAGAAGUCAAUAAUAGCAUUGCUACAUUUUGUGUUCUUAAGUUUCUAAAUGCCGAAAUGCGUUUUUCUUUAUUUAACCGUUUGUAUACUGUAAACAGAAAAUUGUGUUCUUCAAAGUUUUUCCGUUUUGAUUAUUUGAUGACAUAUUUUAGAAAUUUUCGUAACGAUUUGAUUUUUUUAAUAUAGAUAAUUUGCAUAUUACUACACAUCUCAUGAAUAUUCAUUCAGAGACAUCGAUAUGUAAAUUUGAUAGAAGGGACGGGCGUUUCCCUCUUGAUAACAUAAUUCAUAUAUUUGACUUUUAAAGUCGCCAAUCGUAACUACAAAUCCCCGUUUUGAAAUACAUGUGAUAUUUUUGUAAUAAAAAUUGUGAUAUUUUGAAAAAUAAAACAAUUGAUUUAAUGGC